UCUUUCCAGAUCAUCUUUGAACAGGAUGAUUAGGACUUUAUCUAGACUCACAGAGAGAGGCAAAUGUAACAUAUGCACUUGUAUUAGGAGCUGACUUCCCUUAAAUCCUAAGAAAAGCUCGCCUAUUUUCUAGACCCGUCUGACCAACUACAGCAAAACGCACUGUGAUUUUUUUUUGGAGAUUGAAUAUGUAAUAUCCGAAUGAAGGGAAAUAAGCCAAACUAAAUGCAAUAUCCCACGAGUGUCCUUAACUUGAUACUGCAGUUUAUGAUAAUCAUGAUUUAUGAUCAAUGCAUGUACCUGCUUUCCCCAAGCAGCACAUGAAAUUGCAAUAAUACACAGCAUCUCUGGACAUGGACAAGAAGUUCAUUGAACACAGCUUACAAUGAGUCCCAAUUUCAUCGACGGUUAAACCAUCCACUCACAUUUAACGCUGUCGUGUAUUUACCAAUGACAGCGUUUCAUAGGCGGGACUUCUUAUCGCGCUGUCUCCCACCUUCACUCACUCCGUACUGACUGUUUGUUGUCAUCAAGAUGGAGUUCUUGCUGGGGAAUCCGUACAGUACUCCGGUUGGGCAGUGCAUUGAAAAGGGCACAGAUGGCUCCCUGCAGGGCGAGGACUGGACGCUCAACAUGGAGAUCUGUGACAUCAUCAACGAGACGGAGGAGGGGCCCAAAGACGCCAUCCGAGCCUUAAAGAAGAGGCUGAAUGGAAAUAGGAAUUUCCGCGAAGUGAUGCUGGCCUUAACGAUUUUAGAGACGUGUGUGAAGAACUGCGGCCAUCGUUUCCACGUGCUGGUGGCCAACAGGGACUUCAUAGAUGGCGUGUUGGUCAAGAUCAUCUCCCCCAAGUUCAACCCCCCCACCAUAGUCCAGGACAAGGUGCUUGCCCUGAUCCAGGCGUGGGCAGAUGCCUUCAGGAGCAGUCCAGACCUGACCGGUGUGGUUCACAUCUAUGAGGAGCUGAAGAGAAAAGGCAUUGAGUUCCCCAUGGCUGACCUGGAUGCACUCUCACCCAUUCACACACCACAACGGGGUGUCCCAGAGGUGGACCCGGACGUGCUGAAGUACCGGGCCCCCGUCCCGACCCAGAUCCCUAGCGUGACCUCCCAGCCCCCGCCCAGAGCAGCCCCAGCCGGCCAGGGCUCGGCCACCGCCUCCCCCACCCACAUCCCACCCACCGUCCAGGGCCCCAUCAACGCCAACCCCGAACAGAUCGCCAGGUUGCGCAGCGAACUGGACAUUGUCCGUGGCAACUCCAAAGUGAUGUCAGAGAUGUUGACGGAGAUGGUGCCAGGACACGAGGAGGCGUCUGACCUCGAGCUGCUGCAGGAGCUGAACAGGACGUGCAGGGCCAUGCAGCACAGGCUGGUGGAACUCAUCUCUCGCGUGUCCAAUGAGGAGGUGACUGAGGAGCUCUUGCACGUCAACGAUGACCUCAACAACAUCUUCUUACGCUACGAGAGAUAUGAGAGGUACCGAUCUGGUCGAGCUGCUCAGAAAAAUGGGAUGCUUAACGAGGCCACUGAGGAUAACCUCAUAGAUCUGGGCCCCGGUUCCCCUGCAGUGGUCAGUCCUCGCGUCAGUGGCCCCCCCCAGGUGUCUAGCCCUACGCCGGCCUCUCCUCCCGCUCCUGCUGCUGCCGCGGUCACCUCGGCCACCGCUGCCCCCGUGGCCCUGUCCACACAGCUGGCUGGACUAGACAUGGGCUCAGACAGUGUGAGUGGGACCCUGAGCACUCUGACCAGUGCCCCUCCUCAGCAGCAGCAGGAUGAUUUUGACAUGUUUGCCCACACCAGAGGCAGCUCCCUGGCAGAGCAGCGCAAAAACAUGACGUAUGAAGAUCCCCAGGCGCUUGGAGGCUUGGCCUCUGCCCUGGACGUCAGACAGCAGAACACAGCUGGGAUUCCCGUCUCGCAGUCCUCUGUCAUGGAUGACAUUGAGGAGUGGCUCUGUGCUGAUGUGAAAGGUGACAAGGAGGAAGGAGUGACGAGUGAAGAGUUUGACAAAUUCCUGGAGGAAAGGGCCAUGGUGGGCGACUCGGUCUUACCAUGCGUCCCCAGCGGAGAGCCCGGCCCCCCCGUCAGCGCCACCACCAGCAGCAGCACGGGCCGCAGGAAGGCCGAGCGGACGGAAGAUGCCCUGUUUGCUUUGUAGAGACCCUCAAUUGGCCCAUCCUCUCUCUCUCUCUCUCUCUCUCUCCCCUCUGCUCCUGGGUCUCUCCCCAUCCCUGCUUCUUCUCCUCUCUCUGUGCUGCAGUCAUACAGACCUUGGUUCCACCUCAGCACGUGUGUCCUGCUGUCAAGUCGCUUCCCCAGUCUGUCUGCCUGACACUGCUGGGUGCUGGGUGCUCGCUGCCGUUAGCCACAAGUGAUCUGCAAAGUCUUCAGCAGCCAAGUGUUUCCAAUCACACACAAUAGGGUAACGCGUCCCUGUCGCCUUGCAUCGGGUCUCCAUGUUGUCCCGUGAGAUGAAGUAAAAGCACAUAACACUGUGAGUGGAGCUGGGUGUUGAGGGCCUCCUGUUAAAGCUAACAUCCUAACUCUGCCUCCCCAGCUGGUAGCAUCACAGAGAACCCACCCCCCCGAGACACAGCCUGUCCCAGAUGAACGCUUACGUUGGGAAAAGGGGGAGGGAGGACUCUUGGUAACCGCAUCCAUGUUUGAUGAGCGUUACUUUUGUCUCUUAUAAAUUACUUGCACUAAUGCCCGACCAUGAUGAGCUAUGGCCCCACAAAUAUAAUUUUGAAUUUGAUUUAAUCUUAACUUUUUCCCCCUGUAUCCUCCCAACAUUCCUUCUCUCUCUUCUGUCAGUCUCUCUUUGUUCUUUUGUUCUUUCUCUUUCUUUCUGUCCACUGGCAUACGAGUUGUGGCUGAAUCUGUGUCUCCCUAUUCUGUCACAAUGUGAGAAUGGAGCCAGGCUAUGUUGGCAUUUUUCUAAAAAAAAGGGAAUGUGUGGAAGAGACCCAAAAGUCGCUUUCAAAGACUUUUCACCCUUUCACUCUCACUGGGUGUCCCUCUGGGCAAGGAGUAGACAUCUCAACUGAUGAACAUGGUCCUUACUGAUUAACAACAAAUGAGUACAAACAAGUAAACAAAAAGCAGACCAAAGAGUCUAGACUGCUUUAGCUUAGCUCUCAGAAGAGGGACAUAGCGGGGAAGUCAUGCAAUUCACCGGAGACAUAACCAGAGUCCGAGACUUUUUUUCUGUCAGAUGCCAGUAAAUCCUGUUGGAAUCUGACAGACACAUGCCCAGACUUUCACUUUGGCCUCAGUUGCCAUUACCAUAUAAGGUCAAAGUUGACAAGCCAGGUUAAGAAUCCAAGUAUCAAGAAUUCCUCAUAGUGUUUCCUUUCACUUUAAAUCCUACAGAUCUAAAGAAAAGUCUUAAGCACAUUUGACAAUGAUAGAGAUGUUGCUCUAGAGUUGUGUUAUAUUACAGUGUGAUGUUUCGUAUUCGAUGGAAGAGCAACAUUGAUAACUUUUGAUUGCACUUUGAUUUUUAGACUUGUCCCUUCAUUCUAGCACAGUUCCAAAUCAUCUAAAAGAAAACAUUUAUACAAGGGCAGUCUGAAUCUAGUUCAUAUUAGUUUACUAAAAUAAGAGACAAAACAUAACAGUAACUGAUACAAAAAAGAAACAAAUCUAGCACUGAAUUUAUUUUAUAAACUUCACUUGUAUAGUCUGAACAUGUUUUUGACUGACUUAAUGGCUUAAUGGUUACUGUAAAAUUUGUAUCAAUAUGUAUACGUUACAAAUGUAUAGAAAUUAUGUAUAAUACGCUGAACUGUUUGAACUUUAGCUAACUGCGAUUAUUGGUUACUCUAGUAUGUGUACUUCUGAUGUUUGAUUUUUAUGUUUUUGUGGUAUGCAAUGCAAGAUGAUGCAAGUGAUUCCUAAAACAGGGGUGAGUGUUUUCCCACACACCUGAUUCCAAUGCCCCUCCUUCAAUGAAUCCCAAAGCUUUGCUCAGCUGGAGUUAACUACUUAAACGCCAUCAAUUAUGUUAACCAUUUCAUAUGACCAUAGUUUUGAUUUAUGAAUAAUUAUAUUGAGUAAAGUUAGCAGCAACCAGAGUCUUACCUGAACAACAAAGAGCAGUUAACCCUAAUAGUCGAGGUUAGCUGUGCUAGAGCCCAGUGUGGAAAUAUGUGCAACUCCUCACAACUUUAAAAAGAUGGCAUAGACAUACCUUUAAAAAAGCAUCCUGUGAUCAAUACAAUUUAACACUGCUCUUUAGUGACAUUGUAUUUACUCGGACAUUAGACCAGCAGCAGCUAAAAACUAUUUUAAAAAGAUGUAUUGUAAAGGAAAGAAACUUAUAACUAAGUAAUUAUAUCUGAUAAUAUCCGCUUGUGGCUGAGGUGGCAAUCACUUAUCUUAUAUUUACUAAUGAUGUUACUGAUGUGACAUCAAGUCUUAAUGUGUUAAAUCAUCUGUCCUAUGGAUUCAUGUUUUAAUGUGUCAGAUUAUUAUUAUUUCUGUUCUGUGAUUUUUAGUCAUGUGAGCAACACUUAAAUCAAUAUAGGCUCUCUGUAAAUUGUUUAUUUUAAGCAAGGCAGUUUUCCAGUGCUUUUUCCAUCUGUGUGAGUUAAGUGUCUUCAGAUGAGGUAUGGAGAAUGAGAAGAUUGUAAGUCCUUUUUUUCUGGUAAAUUUUACAUACCCAUUGAUUGCUGAAUUUGUGUGUGUGUGUGUUUUCUUUUACUUUUUUUUGUAUGGGUGAGUGUGUGUGUGCCUACAGAUGUACCUCAACAUUUUAAGUGUGUUCAGUGUAAUAACCUCAGUAAUUUCUGCAAAAGAAUGCAAGCCUGAUAAACUGUCUUGACAAGUAGGGACUUUUAUGUGGGAUUCUAGAAGGUUCCAAAAUGCUGUUUCGACAUCUGAGGCCCUGAUAUUACUCAGAGAUGUUGUAGAGGUUUGUUUAAGAUCCUUACAAUGGAUGCUAUUGCUCAAGUGAGACUUUCAACUGUCUGACCCAUGCUUAACUCCAAUAAAACACUAGCAAUGUG